AAACUUUAGAAAACAUCGAGGGAUGAUGAAGACGGAGCGCGCGCGGUGCAGCCUGAUGCUGGGGGGUGUGCGCUGCUGCUGCGACUGGACGUUCUGUCAUCAACGCAAGUUGCACCAUCUCUUCUCUUCACGCCUGCUGCGCACUCUCGCUGCCUCCGCCCUGCCUGUUUCCCCGCCGCCCUGCGCGCGAGACCGCUCCCGAUCGCCCUCGCCCUGUUGUCGCGUGCACCGGCGACGGUUGGCAGAAAUUAAGAGCACCCGGGAGGCGUGGCCCGGACUUCCUCUGCUCCAAGAUUGACAAUUGAGCGCCGCGAACCACUAGCUGCCAUUGCCGCUUCAUCUAUCAUCACUAUUGCUCCUCCGCGCGUCGAGUGGAAGUGGAAGCUGAGCCACCGCGCCGGGCCACACACGCGUGCUCGCAUGCACAAUUGCGCGUAGCAGCCCUCUGCGCUUCCGGCCACACCUCUGCCACCCAGCGACAUCACCACCAGCGAACGACCGGCUUCCGGCUGCACUCUCUCCUACCCGGCCACACCACGCGAAUCGAUAGCCCGAUCAGCUCCUGCACCACCGACGCCGCUGUGUUUGGAACGCAGCAUUCCGAACGACUCUGCAGCACGAGCAAACGGGUACCUGCAUCACGCCCUCCACGCCCCCCUCCUCCUCGCCGCCAACCAAACGCUCUGCACGCGAGCACACAUCGCAACUGCCCCCGGCUUCUCCUCGCUCAUCGCACCGAUCCCAUUGGCAAUGCUCACUUGGAGAAUUUGGAAGCUAGCGACCCUAUCCAUCCGAGGACACGCAGGCGCACAGCGUACUGUUCCUGCGUCGUGAGAGGAUAUUGCAGCCUUCCCCAGCCGCGAGCCUCGUCGUGAGCCUGUGAGCUCGCCCCGGCACCCGCAGCGUCCCAAAAGGCCCACCGCCCGCUGCCCACACUCGUUUCUAUCACCAUGAACAAAUUCUUAAAGAAAAAGGCCGCAGACGGCCCCACGUCGAACGAAGAUGCGCUCAAGGCCCUCUCGCAACCGCCGUCGCCGGUGCUCAAGAAAUCUUCAACGAACAGAUGGAAGAAGAGCAAGAAGCCCGAGCCUGCUCCCCCGCCACAAGUCGAUCUCUCCGUCGCCCUACCCUCCUCGGACGACUUCCGAACGAGUCUGCUCAUGCCGAGCUUGUCGACUCGAUUCAGCAUGCUUAGAGAGCAAGACGAUCCGAAAUCGCUUCUCGGCAAAGCCAGCGACGAUAGCGUGCUACAACCUAGGAGGCGCUCACGCAUGAUGGACUUUGGUUACAACCCGGCAGGUCUGAGUGACAUCGCCGAGGUCUCGUCGCUGUCCGGCUCAAUACGACCACCCUUUGCCAAGACAGACAGCAGCAGAGGAGAUUCGUGCAUGUCUGAGGAUGGAUACGCCAGCGAGGCAGAACACGCAGGCGGUGGAAGCAUCAUGAGUAGAUCAAGGCCCGGAGAAGGCAAUAUACUAUUUGGCGGGCGCCAGAAAAUCUACAAAAUCUCUGGAUCAGGCACAACUUCGACGAAGAGCUUGGGAAAGCUCAUGUAUGACGACGACGUUGGGAUGUCCGCCUUCCAAAGGUAUCGCCAGAGAGAGCGCGAGUUCAACGAGAGCGAGCUGCCACGACCGUCGGAUGAAAGUCAGGGAUUCGACUUUGGGUUAGAUAAGCCCGAGAGAGGCUCCCAGGAUGAUGACGAUAGUCGACACUCUUUGCUCAACGACUCGGCCAAAGAUCUUUGUCACUCGCCCUCGCUAUCCUCCUACGACCGGAAGCGAUCGACGACAUCUUCUGACGCGCACUCCAUCGCGCGUUCCUCAACCGCGGCUACCUCGAUCGCCUCGCAAACCCCGGUGAGCGCAACGCCAUCUCCUGCCCAUGCUCCAUCAAAUGGGAACUCAAUGGGCUCAGCUAGUGCUGCACCGGCAGACCGGUCCAACACCAAGCCUAAGAGAUUGUAUGAACAGGGCCUGGACCAGCACCUCCAGGAGCAGCAGAGCACCGCCAUGAGCCGGCUGAACUCGAUCCAGAGGCAACGAGCAAUGAGCGGCAAGAAAAUGCCUCCUUACUUGCACGGCACUAAGAGCGCUGGAAACUUGCAUGAGCGAUCGCAAUCACCAGUACUGGCCUUUCGUGCGCAGUCACCAGCGCUGAACUCUCCACUGAGCCCGCUGACCACAUCUGGCAUCAGGAGUGCAAACUCUGGCGCAUCCAGCCCACAUCUUGGAAGCGCACCGCAGUCACCAGUAGAGGAACAGGCUGAUGAAUCAUCUAUACUAGCGCAGGCGCUAGAACCCGCGGAUCGUGGCAAGGCCACUGCCAUGGGUGCCUUCAACAAACCAGCCCAGGCCUUUGAUGAGCAACAGUAUCUGGAGCGGCAAAAACAGCUGCAGAGGUCGGCCUCGAGCACGGCGGCGAAGACGAAGGCGUCGCCUCAAUCUGCCUUGCAACAGCGCAUCAAUAUGUACGGCGGAGUGCAGCAAGACCAGGCGCCUACUCCGCCCGAACCAUCGAUGCGAGCUCGGUCGCACUCUGCUUCUCAGUCCGCUCCUCGGCAACACGAACCCAGCACAGCCUACAAUGUGUUCCAAAACGCGGUCAGCCAGAUUUCUAAGAACCCUCCGGUGGCUCCUGUGAACAAAUCUCCACUUCCUGACACCCACCGCACUUUCUUUGGCAACAUCAGUGCGAGUGACGACGACGAGGAUGACGAAGAAUCGCGGAUAGCGCAGUCUUUCAACCAGCCUGAGUACGGUUACGGUAACUAUUCCAGCAGGUGGCAACCCACCAUAUUGGAUUCUGUCUCGGAGCAUCCUGCCUUCAGGGGUAACAGGUCUCGGACUUCCAUGGCCGAAGAAUCGGAGGAGGAGGACGCGCCACGAGCUUUGAAGAAUGCGACACCAGCGCGAUCGCUGAGAACUGAUGUGGACAACGGAGAAGCAAACAGCUCAAAAGCGCUCGACUCGCCCACACUUGGCCCUGAUGCCGGUUCGUUAGGAGGCAUCAACAACAUGGUGCACCAUCUGCGGCAGAGCAGUAAUCAAUCAUCAGUCUAUCCCUUCGACGAAAGCAGCACUCACGAAGAUGAAGCCUCGCACACGCAAGAAACGCUUUUGCCUGCCAGCAAGAUGGAUUCCCGUCGCCAUGCCGUGGGAGGCGCCAUCGACCCAGUUCCAUCAUUACGUGAUUCGCAAAGCACUGCCUCCAAUAACUGGGACACCAGUGACACUCGACGCUCCGCAGGGCCGGAGCAAGCUAGACGGAGUGACGUGAGGGCUUCCGAUGCCACCCGCCAGUCGGACGAUGCCAUUCCUUCCUGGCAACACGAGCUCCGUGGACAGCACACGCGGGACGGAAGCACAGCGACGCAAGAAGGACGCGAUGCUUUCUCAAGAGAGCUCGCCGCACGAAGGGAGGCUGUGAAGGAGAAUCUGCGCAGCGUUGUUGAUGUUAACAGCUCCAGAGACCACAGCCCAGCUCCUACGCCCUUGUCUGUUUCCAGCUCAGGAAAUAGUGGCUUACGUGCCUUCGGCAUGUUGCGUUCGAAGACUAGCAGAGAAACGCUCGCACAUGGACGAGAGCAGACGUCAAAGUCACCGAAGCCACUUGGCAGCAUUGGCAAUCAUAGCAUGUCCAGUCUCGCUCAGGGUGACCGAAAUGGACACAGUGUGGAUAUGGCACGAUCGCGAGGCAAUUCCUCAACAAGACCGCCAAUGCCGCCAACCUCGCAACAUCCUGCAUUCAAGCAUGACCCUCCGGAAGGUUUUGGGGAUGGCAACAGCAGUGAACUCCCGCGAGAGCGUCAGCUUGCAUCUGCUCGUUCAGCCUACCAGAUUAGGAGUCGCUCCAACUCCGGUGCGGCCUCGAGUCGCUCGCGAAGCCGUUCACGGCGCUACCGUGAUGAUUUUGACAGGAACAUGAUGGAGGGUCCACGAUCUGGCGUACCCUCAACAGAAUUCACCCCUGCAGCAUCUCCUGCUUUGGGUGCUUCAGAACGCUCCAGCGAUGAGUCUCGUCCUGGAAGACAGGGUUAUUUCGAAUUCAAGACUGGUCGGCCGCUGCAGUCUGUCAAUACGCAGCUAAGCAACAAUGGCCCUUCGCCUAGCUUGACGCCAUCUAGCAUUCCGCCCAAUGUCUAUGGCCCCGGCCAUCCAGUCCAGCUUGCCGCUAACCUUUCUGAAGCCCCGACACCGCCACUAUCGGGAUCGAGUCCAGGUGACAGCCCCUCAGCCUACACCGCUGGGGUGACAUUCCCACCUCGAAGUGCAGGCGUGCGUAAACGGACUAUCACCAAGUACGAUAUCUCGGAGCCGACGCUCAUAUCGUCGACUUCAAACGUUGAUACCGUUGAUCUGCCUGCCGGUGCUUCAUUGAAGAAUGGCAUUGAGGAGGCCCCUCCCAUUCCGCCCAUCAACCCACGGCGAAAGGGCACCCGCAAACUCUUUGGACUGGGGUCGAAGGACCAACACGACUCUGCAUAUCCACAGAGCGCGAGGCCUGACUCGAAUCCGUCACUGCCAACAUCGCCGAAACGAGAGGCGCAAAUCUUACCAGGCAAUGUCUUGCGACUACAGGCAUUUGAUCAGCCCAUGGGAAAUUCCCAGCCUGGUUCGCGCGCAAUGACCCCAGACCCGAGCUCUCCCGAACGAACGCGUGCACCAGUUCGCGGUGCCGCAGUUGACGGCGGCAUGUUCUGAUCGCUCAGUAUGCAAACAUCCAGAAACAAAGAGUGAGAUUACGGCCGUCGAUACUACCUCGAAACGAACACCAUUACCAUCCCACACGACUACUCAGCCUCGACAUCCAUCCAAUAUCCUCUAAACCGAAGCGUGUGUACAAAUACGAUAAGACGACGAAUGAUGCACUUCAACAGGAGUUCCUUGGGUUUUGCUUUUGGAAGGCAGAGAGAGUGACUGUUCGAUACAUCUUUCCCUGACCAGCGACACACAGGAGAAUUGCAGAAGGGAGCAGCAACAAAGCGUGGCGAGACGCGGGAAAAUCUUGGCAUUUUCGUCUUUUUCUUCUUCUUGUUGUCAUUGAUUUAGCGACUGCACGAUACCACCAGAGCUCUGCAUCUGUUUUACCUUCUUAGUCGAGCUUGUAAGAAACAAAAGAGAUGCUUCUGUCUUACUUACCUUUAGUGUGUAAGACGAAAUGCAAAAGAAAUGUGCG